UAUCGAAGCUGCGUAGUUUAAUUUUAUCUGAUGCUUAAUACGUAUGUGCGGUUUGCAUUAAAAUUGUUUUUUAAAUAUCUUGUAAAUGAAAUAAUUUUUCUUCAAAACUUUUAAGUAAAUAUGGAACCGGACGUACCAAAAGAUCGUCCUGAAAGCCCAAAAAAGAAGAUAAAACCUAGUUCGUCUGUAGAUAAUGAUGUUAUGUCUACUGACGGUUUGGACCGCCAAAUUAGCAUACAAAAUGCGGGUAAUGAAAACACCAGUGAAGUAAAUGGCUUAGCUCCAACGAGGUCAGGAAGGAAGCUUGCAGCUGACUCCACCAGUGAAUCUGUUACCGUAAGUAGCAACAGUAAUAAUAAUAAUGAAAGUCAAAGCAUCCAAGAAGAUGUGGUUUCCAGCUCUGAAAAUAUGACAUCAUCAUCAACUAAGAUGACAGAUGCAGAAUGUGACGGAAUUGCAGAUUCACGGUCUAAAAAGCUAGAUCAAACACUAUCUCAUGAUGGCGAAGAGCAAAAUGAUGAGUGAUGUUUAAGUUAAGAUAUAAUUCAUAUUUUUAAUAUGAAUAUAUUUUAAAUAAAAAAUCACGGCCUGUUUUUUUGUGAUAUUUUUAUGUACUGAAUUUCUGUAAAAUCUCUCAUUUUAAAAUGUGAAAUAUAUAUAAAUAGAUUUAUAUAUUCUCUUUUUAUAUUUUUAAAGCAUAUUUUAAGUUUUCUAUAUAAAUAUAAUGUUAAAGUUCUUGUUCCAUGCACAAUGUGUUCAGUGUUAAGUGAAGAGUGAAAUAUAACAGUAAUUUUCAAAGCUCUGAAGUUCAUAAGUUAGUAAUGUACUUAUUAUAAAAAUGUACUUAAAAUUAGCUAAUGAACUGAUGAUUAGUUAAUGAGCUAUGUACUUAAGUAAAGUUAUUAUUGCUGUAUUAAUAUAGAAAUGUUUUGAAUGAAAAUGCACUUUCCCCCCUUGCCAAAUUUUUACAUUGCUGGAUUUUCAUGCUUAGAAUUAACCUGGCAUAUUUUAUUAUUAAAAAACAUCAAACUGAAGUAUUGCAUCUGAUUAUUUGUUAUAUUUAUGAAAUAUUGCAGCUUCACAAUUUAAUUUUAAUAGUUAAGGAUUAUAGCUCUCUGCCAUAAAAACUAAAAUUUUGCCUGAUUUUGGGUUUAAGAAACAUUGGAAUUGUUAAACAUAGAAUACUAUUUUUAGAAACUUUUUAUUUGAAAACAACCCAUUCAGACACAUUUAGGAACUUAGCAGAUAUUUCUUUUGGAACAAGUUAUAUAAGAUGUGCCUUAAAAGAGAAAUUAAUGAUAGCAAAUAUGAAAUAUAUGUUAUUAGAUUUUAAUAUUUAUUGUUUCAUAAAUAAUUGCUUGGAGUUUUUUAUUAGUUAUAUUCAGGGGUCUACAAAUUUUAUAUGCUUAAAAUUGUCACCAAGUGAUUAAAUUUUUUUUAAUAAUGCUUGUUAUUUUGUUGUAGGGUUUUAUUUGUAGGUAUAGUUUGAAAUUUAGAACCAACAUGUCAUGCUUACAGUAAUGAUUAUUUGACAUUCUGUAUCAUUUGUAGAUGUAAGAGUGAAAGAGGAAUAUAAUUGAUCUAGGAAAUUUAAAAGAUUUAAAUAUUUAUUUUUUGUUUAUAUCAUAAAAUACUAUUUCAAAUUUAGAAUGUAUUAGCGAGCAGACAUUAUUCAGUUUAAUACCUAUUUGUCAUGAAAUAUGAAAUAUGCUUUAUUUGUUCUUAUUUCACAUACAUGUGUUAAGAUCGAUAAAAAGUAAAUUGCUGAUUCAAAUAAAUUAGAUAACUGCUGGUUGUUAUUAUUGCAACUAAACUAAUUUGCUUUUAAAACAUUAAAUGUAUGCAUUUAUGUUGUAAGUAAAAUUAUGAUUGGAUUAAUGAGUGCAUUAAAAUUUUGCAUCCAUUCAGAUAUUCUACAUCUGUAUUUUUAGUAUCAAUGCAUAUUUACUGAAUGUUCUAGUUUUAAAAAUAUGAAGCAUUAAGUAAACUGAAAUCUUAACUGUGCAUUUUAUUUUAAACAUGAGCACUCAAGUUUUUUAAAGCUUAGCUUGUUCAUAAUGUAAUAAUUUAGGAUUGUUUUAUCAGGCUUUCACUGUCUCUGAUAAAAUUACUUUUACUAUUUUGUAGAUGUAUUAUAUGUUACUUCAAAAAGGUAUGAAAAGUUUGUAGACCCCUAGUUGUGUAUAAAAGUGUUGCAUUUUGUGAGAAAAAUUCAAGCUAUUUUAUUGAUAUCUGAUCUGUCUUUUUUUUUUUUUUUUUUAAUGAAUCAUUUAUAAAAUGUGUGCACAUUUGUUGCCACAGUUUAAUGCAUUGUGCUUAUUUUUUACUUAUUUAUAUUUUAUGUUUUUAUAAUAUUCUGAACAAAAUAUAAAAUUUUUAAGUUGUUUCUCUAGAUAUAUUUACUUUUAAAUAAUAAGUUUUAAUCUGUUUAUUUUAUAUGAAAUUUUAUAUAUUUCUUAUAUUGAUAUAAUUCAUAUUUAAUAGAUUGUGCCACAUUUUUGAAAGGUGAAUGUAUUCUUGGAAAAAUAUCACAGUAUUACAUUUUAUCUUGUAUAAUAUUUUUGAAUAAACCAGUUUUAACAAUUGAAA